AUGGAAAUAAGAUUGCAACAAUGUUUUGACACACAGCUUUGACGCACAUAUUCUUGAUAAACUGUAAUUAGGUUUGGUCUCGCAUUGUCUCCACACUGAGGCGUGUCUUGCGGCUGCUCGGCCCUGGAGCUGCUGCCUGGUCUCUGAGUAGUAAAGCUGCUUGUGUCUCGACAGAUGGAGGCAGGCUGCCUCGUCUCUGGCCGAGAGGACAUCUCGUCGCUGUUUCCUGAGCUAAUGCCGGGUGCCAAAUACAAAGAUUUAAGCGGUCAGUUCUCCACCGUCAGACAAGUGCGUGGAGAUGGAAACUGCUUCUACAGAGCCCUCUGCUUCGCACACUUGGAGUCAUUGCUACACAAUGCCAGGGCUCUGCAGAGAUUUAAGGAGAAAAUCGUUCAAACCUAUGAAGACUUGUCUUCAGCGGGAUUUGAUGAGAGGUCCUUCAAGCGUCACCUUAACACAGUUGUCAACAUUGUGGAGCAGUGCCAGGCUGAUGAGCAGGAAGACACGCUGCUCAGGCUCUUCAAUGAGCAGAUGACGUCUGACAGCGUGGUUCAGUAUCUCCGGCUGCUCACCUCAGCACGCCUGCAAAACCAGGCAGAGUUCUUCUGCAACUUUGUGGAGGCCCCAAAUCUGCUAGUCUACUGUCACCAAGAGGUGGAGACCAUGGCGAUGGAGUGUGAUCACGUGGACAUCUUAGCUCUGUCACAGGCCCUGGAUAUCUGCAUCCACAUCGUCUCCAUGGAGGGCGAUGAACCGCUGCUGGCUCACCACAUCAUUCCAGAAGGUGCCGAGCCCUCCCUGCACCUCCUCUACCAAACGUCACAUUAUAACAUUCUCUACCCACGACCUCAACACUGACCAGAGACCCACA